UGAACACAUCUAUGAACAUGCCCUAUGCCAUAAACAAAAAUUUAACCUCAAUUCUCUUGCAACCUGGAUUAUAUAUAUGUUUCUCAUUCGAUGGUUAUAUUAGUUUUAUAUAUUUAUGUCUAAGUCUAAAACAUUUACGUAAAAAAUACUGUAAAAGAAAUUAUAAAAAUUGUUACAAUGGCAUUAUCAAGAGAACUAUUAAAGCGAUUGAACUCGGAUGACUAUCCUUUGGCGAAGCGAUUAAAACUAGCGGAAACUGCGUUUCAUACAAUGGAUUUACCACUUCUUCGAAAAGAGGACUUGCUCCUAGAGUGGCUGUGCAAAACUUAUUCCACGAACCAACAUACUUGGAAGACUUUGAAUAACUGUUUAAAGCAUGACUAUGUCAAUAUUAGGGGUGAUAUAAAACAAUGUUUAAUUGAUAUGCUUAUUCAAACAUUAAAAGAUAACAUGGAGAACAUAUAUGAGGAUGUUCUUGAAUGCUGCAAUUUAGUUUUUGCUAACAACAGUAUGCGGCAAUAUUUUAUGCACAAACCAAAGAUUCUAGGCCUAUUGAUAAAAACUUUGUUAGAUGCAUUAAAACGUUUCAGCUGUAACAAUGUAACACAAGAGGAAUUCAAUCAAUUGUACGAAACAAAUAAAUUAUCAUCUGUAGAAAAUAAUGUUAUGAUAAACACUAUCAAAAGUCUGACGCAGAUACAUAAACAGCUGAUUACUGCAAACGAUGAACUGAGAUUAAUUUUUAUGCAGGAUAUUUUAUACCCUAUGUGCAUUCUGAUUGAUUACACAUGUAUCAAUAAUACAAAUCAACUUAGUAUAGCAGCGUCCAAGUGCAUUCAGCAGUUUUUAUUGAGAAAAAGUAGAUCCAUGCAAAAUAAGCAGACUGAAGAAAGCGACCAAGCAAUGUUUUCGGAUUUGUUUUCCAUAUUAUCUGAACGUGCUAAAACAUCAAGUCUUCAAUCUAAUCUUUUGACCUACCGGUUUAUUUUCCAUACUUUAAUACAUGCUUAUAAAUCGGAUGCUGUUUCAAUAGAUGUGUUGUUCAGAAACCUGAUAAAUUCUUCUGGAAGAUACAAAUGGGAGAUUUUGGAUUCUUUCCUUGCAUUACUGAACGACACUGUAUUGGAUUUCGAUAAUAUUGUAGACGGCAUCACAUUGACAGAGUAUCUUCAGAAUUUUAUAAACGAGAUUUUAACAGAAAAUGAUGUAACGUGCGUGCAUUACAGAGUGCUCAUACAACUUUCAUAUAUUAAUCCACUUUUGAUAGAGAAAAAUAUCACAGAUAUCUUAAAUAAGAUAGUUAUGAAGGAACAGACCAUUGAGUAUACAAACUUGCUAAUUGCACUUUUGUACUCCAGUGCAAAAUUGAGACGGGAACAAAAAUUUAUCUCACAGUUAUUAAUAUCGUUGAAGCAGCAUGCCACGAAAAAAGAAACGUAUAAAGCAGUCAUGUCUCCAUUUUUCCCAGAUAAAUUUAAAAUUAAAUUGACAAAAACUAUUAGUAAUUUUUCCAGUUCACAAACUAUUAUGACUUUAAAAUCAUUAAUAUAUUAUUUAAAUACAGAUUGUGUGGAAUUGCUGCAGUCUAAUACUUCAUGUAAAAACAUAUUAAUAUUGAAGGCAACAGUAGAAUUGCUCAUUACAUUGUUUGAAAGUAUGCAGGUUUUCGAACAUACCAGACUAUUAUCGACUCAUGAAAAAUUUAUCAACGGCCUGAGUGAAACAAGGGACGCAUUAUCACUGUUGAUAGAUAAAACGUUAUGUUUGAGCCAUAACGAGACCAUUAUUAUCAUACUGCUAAAUGCAGUAAAGUCGUUGAGUGAAAUACAAAAUAUGUUUAAAUGUUACGUAUUGAAAGAUACCGUAACAAAAAAUCUACCAUUUCCAAUUUUAGAUGAUCCCUGGCAACAAUUAAUUCAGAGGAUUACCAAUUUCGGAGAAGACAAUUGCAAGAAUGUUAUGAAUAAACUUAUUUUGCAUCGAUUAAAGCUAGAUGUAUCAAAUAAACCUAUUAAACUUCAUGAUUUAAUAGGUGGCUUUGAGCAUUCCUGGAGUAUUGUUUUGAAACAUGAUACAGGUACGCUUUCUUUAUUACACGACAAAGACAUAUCAAAAGUGACGUAUUUAUUGUUGGCCGACAUAAUAUCGAAUGAACAGAACUUUCAUGAACAGCUUAACAUAUUGAAUAAAGAAUGCCUUCAAGAAAACAGACAAUUUGUAAUGAGCCUCAUAAGCCACAUUCUUGUCCAAAUUGGGCAAAGUUUUUCAUUACCCAUUACCGAAUACGUUAAUGUUAAGCUGUUGAUGGAGAACGGGCACCACGAGAAUAAAUUAUUAGACAUCUUAGAAGUUCUAAAAGAACAGAUAUCUCAAAAACAAUGGUUACAAACGACAAAUACAAUUACUUUAAAAAUUGAAUUAUAUUUAGAAAUAUUUCUUCAUUUACCAACAAUAUAUUUCAGUUCUAACAUAAGAAUGUUAAUAUUCUUGAUUGUAUAUUUUAUUAGUAGAAAAUAUGAAAAAAAUGACAAAGUAUCAGCAUUAUGUAAUAUGAUAUUUUCAGAUUUAUUAGAAAAAAAAGAAAUUGACGUAUUCAAGUAUAUAGAACCAAAAAUAUUGGUAAACCAAUUAGCACAAAAUAAAGCAUUUUCAAAAGCUUGUGAGCUCUCUCUUCAAAAUGUGAAAUCAUAUGAAACUUUAAAAAGUCUCGUGAAAAGUGCUCAAUGUAAGGAAGUUAUGUGCAUUAUUUUGGAAUGUAUGGAGGUUGUGAAACCAAAAUUGGAUACUGAACAAGAAGCCAUUUUCAGAAAGGCAGAAAAAAAGUUAACUAAAGCCAUUUUAAAAGUGUUACCUGAGAAUAUAAACGACACUCUGGACAUAAAGUGUUUAAUAGCAGUGUUAAAAGUAACUUUAAAAACUGGAAAAGUUACCGACACUUUGAAAAUAUUAACUGAAUUAACUCUCAAAGAUUUGUUCACGGCAAGAGAAAAUUUAAGUAAUACAAAUAAUACAAAUAAUAGUGAACUGCAACAAGGUGUACAAUUAUCUAUUGUUGUUUUACAACAUCGUGAAAUGUUUGAAAUCCAAGAUACGAUCAUAAAAAAUUUAUGGUUUAUAAUAUUAAAGCAUCCUUACAAGAAUUUAAUCAAACUUUUAUUAGCGUCUACCAAACUAGAAGAAUUUUAUGAGCUUUCAAAGCUGUUGCACGAUCAGAUGCUUAAUAGCUUGUCACAAAAAGAUGAAGCAGCUUGGACAAAUCUGUUUAACAUUUGGAGCAGUAUAAUAAAAACAAAUGUUACACGAUUUUAUGAUAUGGAUGUUAAACAUAAUAAAUAUAAUAGAGUGCGUUUAAAUGCGAUCAACAAUCUGUUCGAAACUGUAUUGAUGUUGGAUGUUCCAGAUGGAUAUUGGUCAGAAUUGUUGCGUUUAUCUCACGAUGUAAUCUGUGCCAAGUAUUUACUUAUUCCUGAUAUUACAGUCGAUCUUAUUACACUCGUCAGUUUAAAGUCACUUGAUAAGGCGAAUAUAUCGUUGUGUGAAGCGGUACUUACUAUAUGUAACACACUGAUAAAGUUCAAAACAAACUUACUAACAGAUAGAUUACCAAAUUUAUUGCUAUUGUAUAGACAAAUAGUAAAUAUUAUUGUUCAUGCAUCGAAAAAUGUAGCCGAUAAAUUCGAGGAGCAUCGAUUUCGCUGUAUCGCGCUCGAUAUCACAAAAUUUACAGGCAGACUGAUAAAAUUGAAGAAAGAUAUGAUUCGAAUAAGUCCCUAUGUAAUCGCCGAUUUAUUGCAAUUGAUUGCAGAAGGCACUAUACCAUCUUACAUUAAGGUGAUGGCUUUAGAAGAAUCUCUGUGCCAAUUAAUUAGCAUCUGUGAUCAGCAUGGGCUCGCCUUUUUAUCUCGUACGUUACCAGCGUCAUUGCAGGAAAUCUUCAAAAUGCAAUUAAAUACUUUCAAAAAGUUUUAUAAAUAUGUUGGUAAAAUUUAAGGAUUUCUUUCUUGAUUGAAUCUAACUUACCAGAUCACCUAAUAAUUGUAAUGUAAUUUUAUAGAUAGUUAAAAAUUGUCAUUAAUAAAAUUGUAUUUUAAUAAAAUUUAUAUAAUUUAGGAACAAAUUAUUUAUUGUUUGUUAUUUACAUAGCUGAUUUAUAAAGCAAUCCAAAAUCUUUGUGAUAAGGUACAAAUGAAAUAAUUUAUAUGGCUCUGAAGUUUGGUGUUUACAUACCUGGUAUAUGUACAUAUACGUAUAUGUCCACAUCCAACGUCUGCGAUCAUAAGAUUUAACAUGAGAAUCAGAGUACCACGAGGGUUAACCAAGGAUCAGAUUUUUAUCGUAGUAGCUUUAGGACUGGGAACUGGUAUUUAUAGUUGGAACGGUCUGUUGAAGGAUCAUAUGAAAGAACGCGAAAAAGAAUUGAUGUUAAAUGAGUCUGUUAACAAAAAGCAAGAAUCUGCUGGCUAAUCAAGGCUUCCGUUGGGGAUUCAUAGGAUUUAGCAUCGCUGUUAGUAUAAUAGGUUUCAAGUUUGGCAUACAACCAUGGUUCAAAAUGCAGAAAGCCCACAGGGCAGAGCAACAUGCAAACUUCGUUUACGAGCAACGCAUGAAAAGAGCCUCCGAACAGCAGAGCAAAGACUAAGUUUUGAUGAAUGCAUGUCAUCACCAGUUUGACAUACGUUUAUUAAUAACUUAUUAUUUAAUUAAACAGAAAAAACAUAAAUAUAGUAUGGUAUAACGUAGUCUCUAUCAUUUCAAUAAGACUAUUACAUAAUCUUGAGGAAUCCUAUAGCUUAUUCUUGUUCUUGAAACUUGCUACCAUAGAAUGGAAUAUAUCGCACUACUGCUUUCCAGUCUGUAAAAUACAGUAAUGAUAACGAUCCAGCAGCCCCAUAAGCCAUUGCAGUUGGAAUCCUGGAAAACAAGAGAGAAUCACUAUAACCUUGAUAGAACAUCUGAUAUGUGAUGCAUUAUUGAAGUACUUGGAAUACAAAUGUCUUGGUUUUUUGUGAUAGGAAAGAAAUUUUAUAAAAAUAAAAAUCUUGUUAUCAUAUUUA